CUGUCUGCACGUCAACAAUGACACAUAAACUUCUAUUGUGGAUCUUUACCCUAACUGCCUCCCUCAAUCUCUCAGUGAGUCAUGGUCCUCUUGAAGGGGUGAGGGACUAUGAGGUAGUCCGACCCAUCAGACUUCAUGCUCUGCAGAAAAGAGAAACCGAGUCAUCCAGGCCAGAAACUAUUAAGUAUGCAAUGAGAGUGGGUGGGAAAGACAUUGAGAUGCACCUGGAGAAGAAUAGGGAAUUACUCACGAAAGACUAUAGUGAGACUUACUACACUGAGGAUGGCACACCAGUCACCUCUACGCCUCAGGAUAUGGAUCACUGCUACUAUCACGGCAGUAUUGUGGAUGACAGUGAAUCUACGGUCAGCAUGAGCACCUGCAAUGGACUCAGUGGAUAUUUCAGAACGGCCACCCAAAGGUACCUGAUUGAGCCCCUGUCAGGGGGGGAUGAUGGUGAUCAUGCAGUGCUGAAAUACGAGGACCAGAACUCCAAGCCUAUGCUGUGUGGAGUCACUAAUACUACCUGGAACGUAGACUACCCUUCCACUGCUAGCAGGAGCCGCUCUCGAGCCUCAGGUCCAUCUAUACUUCAACAGCAAAAAUAUGUUGAGCUUGUCCUUGUUGCAGACAACCGUGAGUACAAGAAGAUGGAGAGUAAUCUCGGAAAUCUGCGUAAGAGGAUAUUUGAAGUGGUCAACUUUGUCAACAUGGUAUAUAAGCCCCUCAACACCUUUAUUGCCCUGGUUGGUCUGGAGGUAUGGUCAGACAGCGAUAAGAUAUCAGUGACCGCCCCUGCUGGUGCCACCCUGGAUGCCUUUACCACGUGGAGGAACAGCGACCUGGCCAAGACCAAGCCCCACGACAACGCACACCUCAUCAGUGGCAUUGACUUUGAGGGCUCGACGGUGGGUCUGGCCUUCAUCGGGACUUUAUGUUCAGGUCAUUCAGUUGGGGUGGUGCAGGAUCACAACGCCAGGGCCAUAGCUGUGGGGGCCACAUUGGCCCAUGAGAUGGGCCACAACCUGGGCAUGAACCACGAUGACUCCAGUGCCUGUACUUGUUCUGGGAAUAGCUGUGUAAUGGCUGGUGCCCUCAGCUGGGAUAUCCCUAAGUCAUUCAGUAGCUGCAGUAGUGUGAACUAUGACCAGUUCCUGAAUAAUCGUAACCCUGAGUGCCUACUGAACAAGCCAGACUACCGAAAUGUGGUAUCAACCCCAGUGUGUGGGAAUGGCUUUCUGGAGAAAGGAGAGGCGUGUGAUUGUGGCUCCCUGGAGGAGUGUACAAACCCUUGCUGUAAUGCCACCAGCUGCACACUGACCAAGGGCUCAGAGUGUGCUGCAGGAGAGUGCUGUGAAGACUGUAAGAUCAUGGCCUCGUCCACAGAGUGCAGAAGUAAGCAUGAUGACUGUGACCUGGCAGAGUACUGCACAGGGAAAUCAGCCGACUGUCCUGAGGACGUCUUCUCUGUCAAUGGGAUCUCCUGUGAUAGAGGGAGGGGCUACUGCCUCAACGGCCAGUGUCCACAGCAUCACGGCCAGUGUAUGAAAAUGUAUGGCCCAUCUGCUGAAAAAGCCAGAACGUACUGCUAUGACCAGAACACCAGAGGACUGUACUACGCCUAUUGCAGACGGCCUUCACAGGACCAGUACAUCUCUUGCCAGAGCCAAGAUGUGCAGUGUGGGAAACUCUUCUGCAAUAACGGUAAUGACGACCCCAACUAUGGUCGCAUGGUGAAGUUCUCUGACUGCAAAGCCACAUUCUACGGUGAUCACAACAGUGACUUUGGACAGGUGGACACGGGGACCAAGUGUAAUGAUGGGAAGGUGUGCAGCAAGAACGAGUGUGUGGAUCUUGAGACAGCCUACGGACCCAAGGCCACCAACUGCUCAGCACAGUGCAAAGGACAUGCUGUGUGUAAUCACAGAAUGGAGUGCCAGUGUGAACCUGGAUGGUCACUUCCAGGCUGUGAUACAAAGGAUGGAAGCUUCACAGGCCUCUCCAGAGAAGGAGUGAUUGGCAUUGCAGUGACAGUCUCUCUGCUGCUCCUGGCUGCUAUUGCUGGGGCAUCGGCUGUGUUCCUAAAGAAGAGACGACAGUUCCCCACUCUGCCUAGCCACCAUACCCAGAAGAAAAUCCAUGCAGUGGACAACCACAUCCAUAACAAACUGCCAAUCCCCAGCCAAAACAACGCUAUGCCACAGCAGCCCAAGAGACCAAAAGUAGCUCCGCCCCCACCCCCUCCAGCUGCUAACCAAUCACAAACCCCGGUCUGUGACUUCAGGGCUGCACGACAGGCUCUGAGACCACCACCACCACGUGUCUGAUGUCACCAUCUAAAGGAGAGGAAUGGAAACAGGAAGAUCUCAAACCUUACCAAUACCUCAAAUGCAGGGCCGCAACUGCAAGGCCAGCCAGAGCACAGUCAGUCCAGAGAUCUCACUUCUUUGGGAUAAUUUUACAGAACCCUAGACUAGACAAGUUGGCUCUGCCACCACCUCUGAAGAAGCCUGUUCCCAGAUCUCUUUGUGCUCUUGCCAACCCCAUUGCUCAUUGUCUGGCAUGACAAUGAGUGACAAGGAAUUUGCAUGAUAGCACAAACAUGCUGGCACUCAGGCUACCUAUGAAACCCCAGGAAUGUGUUUGUGCCAAUGAUGUGCAUGAUCGGAACACUCAGUAGUCACAUAUGGCAUGGACUGAGUAGUCCUCUUUAUGAGGAACAUCUUAAAAAUGGAACUUUUUAGUAUUCAUUUUAUACCUGUAAUUUAUUUAUUUGUCACUGCCAUGUGAGGGAGUGAGUGUUCAGUAUGUGAUAUAAUAUGCAAUUUAUUUUGUACUACUACAUUUGCCAAUGGUGACUGUAUAUGCCUGACUUUUCUUGAGUACUGAGUCUACAGUAAACUUUUAUUAAUACAAAGUAUUACCGAGGACAGCCAUUGCUGUAUAAAAUUCCUCAAUACUGA